AUGCAUCUCCUACACUCCCUCUUACCACUCAUUGUCUUGAUAGUCCCCGGAAUGGCCCAAUUCUUCAACUUCGGCAACAUGUUCGGCGGCCAACAACAUCAACACCAAGAACCACAAAAUAUGGGCUCCGAUUCAGAAUGGUAUCAGAACAGCUACGAGCAAGGUACAAUGAAUUCAUCACAUGCACACCUGUAUACACCAGCUCACUUUGAUACUCUAGCACGUUGCGACAAGUACCUCUGCCCACACACCCUCAGCUGCGUCCACUUCCCUCACCAUUGCCCAUGCGCGUUCCCGAACGUUGAGGAUAAAAUUGAAUUUGGAGAAGGGAGUAUGGCUUGCGUCAGCAAAGGAGGGUUCAAAGCUGGCGAAUCUGCGAGAAAGAUUGAGUUGGCGAGAAAAGGACUGUUAUGA